AGAAGAGAAAAAGGGAAAAAGAAGGAGCAACAUCGUAAUAGUUUCAUAAACAAGAAUUCACCAAUCAAACCAUCACCUACAAAAAUCUCCCGUACUACCUUUUCUUAUUUCAAGAACUUCUCCCUUCCUUCCACUUCCUUUGAACAUAAACAUUACAAAACUUUCAUCUACUUACAAACAAAACUUCCUCAACAAUCAACAAACAAACACACUCAAUCUCAAUCUCAAUCAAUCUAUACAUAUCACAAUGGCUCAACGCAGUUCCCGCGCUCCUCUCUACAUUGGUCUUGCCGCCGCCGGUGGUGUAGGUUAUUAUUUGUACAGCGCCGGAGGAAGUCCCAAGGUUGCUGAGAAGCAAUUUGAAAGUGAUCUCUCCCGUGCUUCCGCAAAAGUAAAGUCCGAGAUACCAGGUCGCACCACACAAGCUCAAAAGGAAGCCGAGAAAUGGGGUUCCGAGGCUGGUGCUAAGCUUGAUUCUGCUACCAACCAAGCCCGCGCCGAACUCGCCAAAGCCGAAGGAAAAUUCGAGCAAUACAAGAACGACGCUGCCCAAACCACCAUGAAGAAAAUUGACGAAGUAGACCGCAAAGUCGAGGCCGAAGCUGCCAAGGCCAAGAGCGGUAUUUCCAGUUGGUUUGGCGGGAAAUAAAUGCCCCAAGUACUGUACUAAGAAGAACAAGAUGUUUAUGCUCGCAAGCGAGCUAAGACAUAUGCAAAAUAUCAAAUUGUGAUGUCGUUAAUGGGUAAUGAUGAUAUGGCUUCAAACGCACGACGCGAGAGAUAGUCACUUGUUUUUUUAAUAUGGCGGAUACGGAUGCAUGGUUUUGGAAUGGGACUUCUAUGGAGGAAAGGAUCUCUUCUUCGCAAGUUAGUUAAUGAUGCCCGCAUGAUGAUGGGAGUUGUAUGAUAAUGAUAAAAUCACCUUUCAAUCCAAUCUAAGAUGAUUCACAUUUGCUCACGGU